AUGUCAGCGUCAUCCAGUUGGAGAAGCAGGAAUGAAGACGAAGGGGAUGAGGAUCUCGACGACAACAUUCUCACCGAUGCCCAGGAGACACAAUGGAGUAGCAGGGACAGUAUCCUGUUCGUGAUAGACUGCUCACCAGCCAUGCUUCAACCAGACGAAGAAGGUGAUAUCCCCUUCUAUACGGCCAUCAAGUGCGCCAAGCAGGUUCAGCUCAACAAGAUUAUUAGCUCUGACUCUGACCUCAUUGGCGUCGUCCUCUAUGGCACCAGACAAGCCAAGAACGCAAACAACUUUGCACAUAUUUACGUGCUCCAGGACCUGGAUGUCCCGGAUGUGGGAAAAAUCCAGCAGCUGGAGGCCAUCGAAGAACAGAGGACCAACUUUGACGAGGAGUUUGGCACAAGCAAUGGGGAUUACACGCUUGGAGAGAUGUUCUGGACGGCUACGAAUAUGUUUGGUGGAAGUGCACAGAGAAUCGGAUCGAAGCGAUUGUUCCUGUUCACGAACGAGGACGACCCACACUCCAACGAUAUCAGUCUGAGGAGCGCAUCUAAAGUCCGAGCCAAGGAUCUUCAGGAGUUUGGUAUCAAGAUUGAGCUCUUUGAUAUGGACAAGCCCAUGCAAAAGUUCCUCCGCACAAACUUUUAUAAGGACAUCUUGCUGGAUUCUGUAGAUGAUGAUGAGGAGAGUCAGAGUCAGGAAGAACAAACGACAGCCAAGCUGGGGGAACUCCUCCAACGUGUCAGGCGCAAAGAGGUCAAGAAGCGCUCACUCUUCAACAUCCCAUUCAAACUGUCAGCGAAUUUGGAAAUCGGAGUCAAAGGAUACAACCUCGUCUCGACACAAGCUAAGGGCCUUCACAGGAAUGUCUACACACUGGGCGAAGCAGUCCGGGAGGUUGAAACGGUCACCAGCUGGAUCUGUGCCGACACUACCCAGUACCUCACAGCAGCCGAUCUCAAACACUACUGGGAGUUUGGAGGUCAAAAGGUUAUCUUUGAGAAAGACGAAGUUGUGUCGAUGAAGACGUUUGGCCCUCCAGCGCUGGCUCUGAUUGGAUUCAAGCCCAAGACUGCGAUGAAGAUGUACUACAACCUCAGCCAUUCCAUGUUCCUGUACCCGGACGAGUUGUCGUAUGAAGGAAGCACCCGGGCGUUCUCUUCGCUGUUAAUUGCUAUGCAUGAGAUGGAGAAGGUGGCUAUCUGCUCGUUCACACAGCGCACCAACUACAGCACCCGUCUCGUUGCUCUCAUCCCCCAAAUGGAAGUGGUGGGUGCAAACGGCCAGGAAGUGCCUCCAGGCAUGCAGCUCGUCCCAUUGCCAUGGGGUGAUGAUAUCCGCCCACUCCCCAUCUUGACAGAAUACGCACCAUCGGAUGAGCUGAUCAAUGCUGGCAAGGCCAUUAUCUCCAAGCUGAACAUGAAGAGGGGCUUCCACCCAGACAACUAUGAGAACCCAACCCUCCAAAAGCAUUACAAGGUCCUUCAAGCUACAGCCCUGAACCAGACUGACAUGGACAUUGACGACAAGACUCUUCCCAAGACUCAGCAAAUUUACGAUAGGGCGGGCGCAUACAUUCAGCAUUUCAGAGACGUGGCAGCGACAGCAGAGCUGCCAGAAGAUGUUACUCCUUCUGUUGAAUAUGUACCGUCGGACCAGUCGUCGGUGGCGGCAGCCAAGCGGGCGCGGCCUGGUCCAUCGGGUGGUGUAGCAUUGCAGCAGGAGAUGAGGGAGAAGUACGACAACGAUCAAUUGAACAAGGCGACGGUGGCGACGCUGAAGGAUUUCUUGCAGUCGGUUGGUGAAGCUGGAGCAGGCAGGAAGGCUGAGCUGGUUGAGAAGGUGCAACAGUACUUUGCCAACAAGUAA